CAUCGCUCAUUUUCAUUACCUUCAUCUGCGAUCCUUGUAUGCCAACAUGCCCAGCAAGAGGAAGAAGAACCAGCGUCGCAUGAGGAGAGUGGUCAAGCCGGAAGUCUUGGAACCGGAACCAGUGGCAAAAGCAAGUGAGGGCGUCUCCACAACUACACCUGAACCAGAACUAACUGCCAAACAGGAGGACACCCGAUCAGAGGAGCGACUGACUGCGCCAGAACAAAAAGCAGAACCUGAAUCCAUGCAGGAGGUGGUCUGCAAUGCACCAGAACGAGAAAUUAAAAUGGUGGAAAUAAAGUCAGUAGAGCAGGUUGUUGCUUGUGUACCACAACUGGUCAGUUGUACCUUCGUCCCAGAAACAGUAAUUGAAGCUGAACCGGCCGAUAAGGUAGAACCAGAAUUGGUAGAGCAGGUCGUUGCCAGGGUGCCACAACUAGUCAGGUGUACCUUCUACCCAGAAACAGAGACUGAAGCAAAACAGGCUGUUAAGGUGGAACCAGAAUCGGAAGGGCAGGUUGUCGCCAGUGUGCCAGAACUGGUCAGUUGUAUCUUCGACCCAGAAACGGUUACUGCAGCAAAACCGGCAGUUAAGGUGGAAACAGAACCGAUGGAGGAGGUUGUCGCCAGUGUGCCAGAAGUGGUCAGUUCUACGUUCAACCCGGAACCCGAAAAAAGGGCGAUCCAAAAGGUGACAGAAGAGGUCGUCUGUUACACCCUUGACCCAGAACCAGUAGUUGAGGAAGAAGUGGCUGUCAAUGUGGAAUCACAGUCGGUAGAGCAAGUACCAGAAUUGGUCUGUUGCACCUUUGACAUAGAACCAGUAGAACAGGGUGUUGCAAGUUUACCAGAACAAGUGGAACACAAGAAGACCCCUGAAGCAGAACCCAAGGAGAUCCCUGAAGCAGAACAUAAAGAGAUCCCUGAAGCAGUACCCAAUGAGAUCCCUGAAGCAGAACCAGUAGCUGGCAUAGAACUGAAACUCCAAAAGGUGGCAGAACAAGUUGUCGUCUGCUCCCUUGGCCCAGAACCUGUGGCUGAAGCAGUCAAGCCAGUUCAGGAGGUUGUCCUGGUGCCGGAACCGGAGGUUGUCGUCAACAUACCUAAACCUGAAGCAGUGGCUGAGGCACAACCUGUUGCUGUUAAGGUAGAAACAGAAUCAGUCAAGCAGCUUGUUGAACCCCCCACUGAAGUUACUGCAGAAAUCCAAGAGGACACCGCCUCUGCCAGUCUGAAAUGUCCUUCGGAGGAGAGCAGCAUAUCAUGUCAGAUGCAGCUGGGAUCAUCAAUGCAAAUACCGCUGGAGGCAGCGCUGAAUUGUCACCUCAUUCCAGAGGUCUCCAUCGAGGGAUAGACCUCCAAGAUACUCCUUUUUUGUAUUGAUACCACCCGGUCAUUUGGUAGACUGGAGGACUUACUGCGAAUGAACCAGAUGACUUUUCUUGAUUAGGUUUUUUUUUUUUUUUUUUUUUUUUCCCCAAUUCAGGACAUAUAAUAGGAAAUUGACGGGACAGCUACACUUUUAAGUGCCUUGGUUCCUGUCCAGAUUCAGUCAUCCCCGUUUCUAUAUGCCCCUCGAAAAAGCCAGAGGCCAAGGCCCGGCCAGCCAAAAGUAUCCAAGUGGAAACACAUUGCGGAUCCUGCACGCCAUGCACUGUAAAUCAUUCACAGUGGAAGACAAACAUGUCACUGUGGUCUGUUGUCGAAAGAAAAUGAGGGACAUUCAAGCCUGGUUUCCACUGAGCAGUACAGUAAGGUGUACUUAUAUUUUUGGGUGUUACACUGUGAGAAAGUGUUCAAAAACACCCAAGGCAAUCGACAUCCUCCAAUUAAGACACAAGCCUGGUCAGGAUUUACCAAUGUGGAUGUGUACCAAACUGAUCCAGACCACUUGGUAGAAAACAAAGCUUUAGCGUACUAGGAUCAGUUUGACACUAAAACAUCCCAUUGUAUUGUUUUCCCCCUGCUUUUAUAAUUCAUUUUGUAUCAUGUGAUGUGUUACGGUUAUAUUCUUGAGGA